CCAUUGUCCACUCCAUGUCCACUCCCCACUCUCAGUGUCCACCCCAUUGUCCACUCUGUGUCCACUCUCAUUGUCCACUCCCUUGUCCACUCUGUGUCCACUCUGUAUCCACUCUGCGUCCACUCCAUUGUCCACUCUGUGUCCACUCUCAAUGUCCAGUGUCCACUCCCCAUUCCCACUGUCCACUCCCUUGUCCACUCUGUGUCCACUCUGUAUCCACUCUGCGUCCACUCCAUUGUCCACUCUGUGUCCACUCCACUGUCCACUCCGUGUCCACUCUGUGUCCACUCCCCAUUCCCACUCCCCACUCCAUUGUCCACUCUGUGUCCACUCUGUGUCCACUCCCCAUUCCCACUGCCCACUCCAUUGUCCACUUUGUGUCCACUCCCAGUGUCCACUCUGUGUCCACUCUGUGUCCACUCCAUGCCCACUGCAGCCCCAUGUCGGCGCUGGACAUUGUCCGCGGCGGUGGCCGGAGCCUGGAUCGCCGCCUGGCCCGAGUGUCCGGCGCGGCGCUGCUGGCCGGGCUGCGGGCGGCCGGAGCCGUGUCCGAGCCCGAGGCGGCCGCGCUCGGCCGGCCGGACAGCGGGGGGUGGACGCGGCGACUCCGCGCUCUGGCCGCGGCCAAAGGUGAGUGGACGUGCCGGACGCUGCUGGCCGUGCUCGAGGGGCUGGAGGGGCCGCCCCCGCCGGGGCCCUUCGAUUUUCUGGACCCCCAUCGCGACUCCGCCCCCUCGCACCGCUCGGACUGUCCGUGCUGCCGGACGGAGCCGUGGCCGGAGCCGCGGCCGGAGCCCGAGUGGACACCACGUGAGGAGGAUGAGGAAGGAGCCGGACCUGGGGAGGAAGGCCCCGAGGAGGAGGAGGAGGGAGAGGAGGCCGAAAAUGAGGAAAAAACGGCCGAAAACGGUGAAAGAGAGGGCGAGGAUGAGGAGGGAGAGGCCGGAAACGGCGAUGAAGGCCCCGAGGAUGAGGAGGGAGGUGAUGAAGGCCCCGAGGAUGAGGAGGAAGAACCCAAAAAUGACGAUGAAGGCCCCGAGGAUGAUGAUGGCGGAGGUGAUGAAGAUGAUGAUGGUGGCGGAGGUGAUGAAGGCCCCGAGGAUGAGGAGGAAGAACCCAAAAAUGACGAUGAAGGCCCCGAGGAUGAUGAUGGUGGAGAUGAUGAAGGCCCCAAUGCUGAAGAUGGAGGCAAUGAUGAUGAUGAUGGUGGUGGCGGCGGAGGUGAUGAAGGCCCCGGUGAUGAUGAUGAUGAUGGAGGAGGAGGGGAUGAAGAUUAAAGGGAGGGGCUGAGGAGGAGGAGGAGGAGGGUGGGGAGGAAGAUGAUGGAGGAGAUGAAGAUGAUGAUGAUGGCGGAGGUGAUGAAGGCCCCCAAUGGUGAAGGCCCCGAGGAUGAGGAGGAAGAACCCAAAAAUGGCGAUGAAGGCCCCGAGGAUGAUGAUGAUGGUG